GGAGGCUCGCAGCGGCCCGCGCCGCGGACGCGGCCGCGGCGCGGCCGCCGCCCUCCGCCGUGGCGCCGCGCCGCCUGGCGGCGACCUCGGGCGCCGCGGUGCGCAUCGUGUGGGGCAUCACGGUGCAGGAGCUUGGCCCCUUCGACCUGUUCGCGCAGACGGCGACGGAGCAGUACUGGGACUUCACCCCUAUGUUCAACCCGGCCGAUCCGUGGGCGCAGCGGUCCAUGCUGGCCUCGUCUGAGAACUUGCCGGAGUCGCUGCGCGUCUUGUCGCCCGCGAACCCGCGGGGCACUUGGCUGCACGUCUUCGAGACGUGGCUGAGGCACAGGGGCAAGGACUUCCCCUCGCCCAACUUCGACGUGGACCUUGCGGCAUUCCUGAAGUCAAACUCGGACUUCGAGGAGAGCUUCCUGAAGGAGCCGGGCUCUGGCGUGGUCCGAGCGUGCAUGGUCGACUUCCACCUUGAGCUUGGCGAGUUCGCCGACAUCGGCACCGCGCUGCAGG